CUUCCCACCUGUGUGUCUGCAGGAUCCCUGGUGCGAGGCUGUUGGCUAAUGAUCCCCCUGCUGGUGCAGGCAUGGCUUCUGGCUUCCCCCAGCAGAAUCCGAGAACGGCCGUGCCCACGGAGUUGCCGCUGUGAUGGUAAAAUAGUGUACUGCGAGUCCAACGCUUUUCGUGAUGUGCCAAAAAACGUGUCAGUUGGAUGUCAGGGCCUCUCGCUGCGGUAUAACAGCUUGGUGAGUCUAAGAGCUGGACAGUUUGCCAGCCUUAGUCAGCUUGUCUGGCUUUAUCUUGACCACAAUUACAUCAGUACAGUGGACAGUCAAGCUUUCCAGGGUGUUCGUCGGUUAAAGGAAUUAAUUCUCAGCUCCAACAAGAUCACACAGCUUGAGAAUAACACAUUCCACACUAUUCCCAACCUACGCAACCUUGACCUUUCCUACAACAAGCUGCAGGUUUUGCAGCCCAAUCAGUUUCAAGGUUUGCGAAAGUUGCUCAGCCUCCACAUAAGGUCCAAUUCCCUGAAAACAGUUCCCAUGCGGGUGUUUCAGGACUGCCGCAAUCUAGAGUUCCUUGACCUGGGUUACAAUCGACUGCGUAGCCUCACACGUAAUGCUUUUGCAGGACUGCUAAAGUUGACUGAGUUACAUUUGGAGCAUAACCAGUUCUCAAAGAUCAACUUCUCUCACUUCCCACGUUUAAAUAACUUGCGGGCGCUUUAUUUGCAAUGGAAUCGGAUAAAAUCUAUAAGCCAGGGCAUUAUAUGGACCUGGACCUCUUUGCAAAAGCUGGACCUGUCUGGGAAUGACCUGCAAGUACUCGAUGCCAGCAUCUUUCAAUGUCUACCCAAUCUACAGACCCUCAAUCUUGACUCCAACAAGCUGAGCAACGUGUCCCAGGAGGCAGUAUCUGCUUGGAUCUCCCUCACUACCAUCAGCCUGGCAGGUAAUGUUUGGGACUGCAGUCCCAGCCUCUGCCCUCUGGUGGCCUGGCUGAGGAACUUCAAGGGGAACAAAGAGACCACUAUGAUUUGCGCCGGGCCCAAGGAAGCUCAGGGGGAGAAAGUCAUGGAUGCCAUGGAGACGUUCAGCAUUUGCAAGACUACCCCUACUCCUUACAUCUCAAUUGCAUCUACUCUAAACUCACCGUCCAAGCCUGGACAUUUGCCCUUUCCCACCAUCUUUAAAGUGGAUGAGGUAUUCACUCGCAAAGCUCCCCUUUCUCCCUCCCCAUCAGUAGCUUCUCCUGCAUUGCCCGAACAGGAGUUUGAGCAUGUUUCGUUCCACAAGAUUAUUGCUGGCAGUGUGGCACUCUUCUUAUCAGUAGCCAUGAUCUUGCUGGUAAUCUAUGUCUCGUGGAAACGUUAUCCAAGCAGCAUGAAACAGCUGCAGCAGCACUCCAUGGUGCGAAAGCGCCGGAAAAAGGUGCGAGAGACAGAGCGUACCCUCAGCUCCCCACUCCAGGAGUACUAUGUGGACUACAAACCCACAAAUUCUGAGACCAUGGACGUGCUUGUCAAUGGCACAGGACCCUGCACCUACACUAUCUCUGGCUCUCGAGAAUGUGAGGGCCCUCAGCAGAUGAGUGCGUUGGCGUUCUACAGGUAUGAGCAGCCCAUUGUGGACUACUGCCAAGCUCACCAGCCUCUGCACAUCAAUAUGGGCUUCGAGCCGCCCACCCAAGCCCUGGAGGGGCUGGGGGCACGAGAGCGCGCCACCACUGGACUGUCCAUGGGCCUCCCCUCUGUGCCUGCAGCCCCUUUGUCUGAUGUUCAUACUCUCCCGCAGUGA